UUACAAGAAAUUCUUCUGUUAACCAAAUGCCAUCUUACCGUCUAUCUACUGAGAUAGCUCCAUAUAUCUUAUGGCUUCCUACCUACCACAAUAAAAUACUGGCAAAUGAUAGUGCCGAAAAGAUUUCUCUGGUAGCAUUUCUGAUAAAAAACUCUCCCAAAAUUUUUGGGAUAGACAUGGUUUCAAUAUGGCAUGAAACACCACCUUUUCAUUCACAAGGGACAAAGUCCUCAUGUUCCCAGAAUACUGCAUCUAACAUCAGGAACAUAAAGGACUCUGAACGUGGACUCAUUAGCUUCCCCAGUGGGAGGACAUGCACCCCUGGCCAUUAUGCACUGCAUAUAAGUCCAGGUGCUCCUAAUAUCUGUGAGGGCAUUACAGACUUACAGAGACACGAAGGCAGUGGAUAUACAACCCGACUAGAACCCUCUCAAACACCUGCUGCAUCAAUGAAAAAUCAAAUAUUUCGUUCAUUCCCACCCACUGUGUGCCUGGACAGAAUGCUGCCUUCUCCAAUACUUGAUAUGUUAUCCGUAACUUCAGUAGAGGGAGAGGACUCGGAUCAAAUAUUUAGAUUCUCAUCAGAUAGAUCACACUGGUCCCUGAGGGACAGGACUUAUACUCAACAACAGCUUAACUGGGAUGAAGAAUCCGUCCUCAUUAUCGCUUCCGUUUUAAAGGAUUGUCUAAGAAAUAUAGAAGGAAGCUUGCUUUCUUCAGAUUUAUAUGAAAAUUGGCUGACUCUACUGGAUGAAGAAUCCCUGAUGGGAAAAACUUCUUCUAUACAAAGGUAAUGAUACAGUAAAAACGUGGGA